ACUUGACAACAACAAGUUAACAGCACUGCUUGAUCGGGGGGUGACAAAACGCACAAAGCAAAGCAAAAAGCAGAGAAAAUAGCAAAACUAUGAAUUGAAUUCCGUGUGUGUGGCAAUAAACCAAAGUGUAUUCAUUGCAAUUAGUUUAACACACGAUAUUAGGUAUAAAUUAUAGAUCUACUCGUAAGUGGUUCGCCAUACAGACCAAACGCAGCAGCAGCAACAACAACAACGAAAACAAGAGCAAUAACAAUUGAAAAAAAAAAAGAAACUAUAUAUUAAGCCAUCAUGAACGGAUUUAGCACCGGUGAGGAGGACUCGCGAGGCGGCCAUACUGAUCAGACAUGCUGCCUUAUCGAUGACAUGGAAAGAUGCCGAAAUCCGGCCGGGUACGCCAGCUACAGUAAACGUAUACAGAAAACAGUUGCCCAGAAGCGACUGAAGCUAAGCAGUGAUCCAGGUGCGCAGCAUAUUUACAUAUGCGAUUUUCACAAGGAACGCAUACAAUCUGUACGCACCAAGCGGCGUCGCAAGGACAGCGAAGAUGACAGCAAUGAGACUGACACCGAUUUGCACGAAUUCCCAGAUUUAUAUCAGCUGCAUGUGUCCACGCUGCGGCGCUACAAACGCCACUUUAAGGUGCAAACACGCCAGGGCAUGAAGCGAGCCCAGCUGGCCGAUACUAUCAUGAAGCAUUUCAAGACUAUACCCAUCGAGGAGACGGAAAUUAUAACGUUCUUUGUGUAUAUGGUGAAAAUGGGCUCGAAUAAGCUGGAUCAGAAGAAUGGGAUAGGCAAUGACACCACUUGAAGUCAGCUUCAAAAGCUGCGACAUCGGAGGCAAUUGCGCUAUCGUGAUUGAAAUUGUAAUUGCAAGUUGCCUAGUUGCAGCGGCGUAUGGUUGUCCAGCUUACACACACACACAUACACACACACCCAUUAAUUGUCUACAGUGAGAAAUUUUAGGAGAUGCAUAUGACAUUUAUGUAUAUUUAUGCAAAUUGUGUAUAUUUCAGAUUGUCAAGCCUUUCAAAACUUUUAGUGUAUAAUUCUCAAAAUUAUUGUUAAUUUUACAAA